UUUUGUGACCUCUCCACUCAGUUGUGGUCCCGUGGGCGCCCCUAGCGGAGGAAAAUGGCACCGCUGUGAGAAAUUGAAUAUAAGGAUGAGCGCCAUGUCUGAUCCUCCGCUUGUGGAAUAGCGCGGACGGCGGAGCCAUCGUUUCCCGGGCCUGCGCUCGCUGCGGGUUUCGGGGUGAAUCAUGGCCGACACCGCGGGGAUUCAGCAAGGUUCGCCGGCCAUUGGAGCCGCGGGCCUGGUUCCGGCGGCUCCUGGAGCCGGGGGCACGGAGGGCUCCGGCGCCGCUGGAGGAUCCGCACGUAUCGCAGCGAAGAAGGCGCAACUCCACUCGUCACCUCGGCCGAAGAAACUGGAAAAACUCGGAGUGUAUUCGUCUUGCAAAGCCGAAGGACCGUGCAAGUGUAAUGGCUGGAAGAGUCAGAACCCCCCUCCUACACCUCCUCAAACGGACCAGCAGACCAACACGGUCAACCUGCAGGAGCCCUGCCGGAGCUGCUCGCACACUUUGGGUGAUCAUGUGACUCAUCUUGAACAUGUUUCUGAGGAGGAAAUGAACAGACUUCUAGGAAUUGUCCUGGAUGUGGAGUAUUUGUACACAUGUGUCCACAAAGAAGAGGACGCAGACACUAAACAAGUCUACUUUUCCCUCUUUAAACUGUUGAGGAAGUCCAUCCUACAGAUGGGGAAGCCCAUGUUGGAGGCACAGGAGACUCCUCCGUUUGAAAAGCCCAGCAUCGAGCAGGGAGUGAACAAUUUUGUCCAGUACAAAUUCAGCCAUCUGCCAUCAAAAGAACGUCAAACCAUCAUGGAGCUGGCUAAGAUGUUUCUGAACCAGAUCAACUACUGGCAGCUGGAGACGCCCUCUCAGAGACGCCAGCGGGUGCCCAAUGACGAUGCAGCAGGAUAUAAAGCUAACUACACACGAUGGUUGUGUUACUGCAACGCGCCUCAGUUCUGCGACAGCCUGCCCCGCUACGAAACCACCCAGAUCUUUGGCAGGACGCUAUUACGCUCCGUGUUCACCGUGAUGAGGAAGCAGCUGCUGGAGCAGGCCAGACAGGAGAAGGACAAGCUCCCACCAGAGAAACGCACACUCAUUCUCACACACUUUCCCAAGUUCUUGUCGAUGCUGGAGGAGGAGGUCUACAGCCACAGCUCCCCGAUCUGGAGCCAAGACUUCCUUGUAGGAGCUGCAGGAGGACAGAUUCCCAUCCACACAGUGAUCAGUGCUCCCCCAGUAGUCAGGCCAAUACACUACAGCACCAGUCCUGUGUCGGUGGACCCGUCCACCUGUGGUAGCGUCAGUCCUGCCAGGAAACCCGCCUCGGCUCUGGAGUCAAACCCAGUUGGAGAAAAGCGUAAAGCAUCAGAACCACUUCACCACGAAGAAAACAAGAGACCCAGGAUUCUCGGGGACAUCCCGAUGGACCUCAUUAACGAAGUCAUGGCGACCAUCACCGACCCCGUCGCUAUUCCAGAGACCAGCCUUCUGUCUGCUCAUUCUGCACGGGACGAAGCUGCACGCCUUGAGGAGAGGAGAGGGGUGAUCGAAUUCCACGUCAUUGGGAACUCUCUCAGUCAGAAACCCAACAAGAGGAUCUUGAUGUGGCUAGUCGGCCUUCAGAACGUCUUCUCCCACCAGCUUCCCCGCAUGCCCAAGGAGUACAUCACACGGCUGGUGUUCGACCCGAAGCACAAGACGCUGUCGUUGAUCAAAGACGGUCGAGUCAUCGGAGGAAUCUGCUUCCGGAUGUUUCCGUCGCAGGGCUUCACGGAGAUCGUCUUUUGUGCCGUCACCUCCAACGAGCAGGUCAAGGGCUAUGGCACCCAUCUGAUGAACCACCUGAAGGAGUAUCACAUAAAGCAUGAAAUACUCAACUUCCUUACGUAUGCUGACGAGUACGCCAUUGGUUACUUCAAGAAACAGGGGUUCUCAAAGGACAUCAAAGUUCCCAAGGCCAAGUACGUUGGCUACAUCAAAGACUAUGAGGGAGCCACACUCAUGGGCUGUGAGCUCAACCCCAGCAUCCCAUACACAGAGUUCUCCGUUAUCAUCAAGAAGCAGAAGGAAAUCAUCAAGAAGCUCAUAGAAAGGAAGCAGGCUCAGAUCCGAAAAGUCUACCCAGGCCUGUCCUGUUUUAAGGACGGAGUCCGGCAGAUUCCCAUCGAGAGCAUUCCUGGCAUACGUGAGACGGGCUGGAAACCAGCAGGAAAAGGGAAGGAAUUGAAGGAUCCGGACCAGCUGUACAGCACUCUAAAAAACAUCCUCCAGCAUGUGAAGAGUCACCAGAACGCCUGGCCUUUCAUGGAGCCUGUGAAGAAAACAGAGGCACCUGGUUACUACCAGGUCAUUCGCUUUCCCAUGGACUUAAAGACGAUGAGCGAACGUCUGAAGAGCAGGUACUACACAACGCGCAAGCUGUUCAUGGCCGACAUGCAGCGGAUCGUCACCAACUGUCGUGAGUACAAUCCACCGGAGAGCGAGUACUACAAGUGUGCCAACAUCCUGGAGAAGUUCUUCUACACCAAGAUCAAAGAGGCGGGACUUAUCGAGAAGUAGAGGACGAGAGGGUUUCCCGAGCAGGACCGGUGAAAGUUUAGUUAGAGGGAAGUCAAAUAAAAACAGGAAUCCCCGUUGGGGAGUGGAUGGACUCUCACAUCAGAAAGGCUGAAGUAAAGGUGAAAGGUUAACAUAAGCAGUGAAACAGCUUAUUUUUGUAUUAGACGCUGAAAGGCUUCACAAUCAUAACGAGUCCCAGAUUUUACUUUAUUGCCUUUAUUUUCAUUCUGCCUCUUUAUUCAGCGUUGACCUCUGAACUCCACUAGAGACGCCACACAAUGGAGCCAAAUAUGUCUGCAAGUUUUACCUGUCAGAAAAAAAAAAGACUUUUGCCGUUUAAUUCUGUUUCUGUGAGCAUGUUCAGCGCUAACCAGGUUAGCGUGCGUCUGGUGAGUUCUUCCUGCCAAAAGAGGAAUGCAGUUUUAAAUUUGUACGUAAUUUAAUCAUUUUGAAGCACUUAUGCCGCUCUACAAUAUCUACCAAUUUUGAUUUCAGAGUAUUUUUUCCAUUAGGCCUCAAAAGGCAGUCCCGACUAUCCAAAUGCACUUUUAUUUUAAAAAAAAUUAAGUAUUAGGUAAAGUGUAGCCUCUUUUCUUAUUAGAAAAAAUACACUGUCAAGUAAGAAUUAAAUUAUCUGGAGUUUAUUCUUAUUUAUGUGCUUUUAAGUCAGAAUUUAGGACAAGAAGUCUUAAUUUAUUAUCUUAUUUUAGUCCAGCGGACGGAGAUUGAGAACUUUAUACUUUGGAGAUAAAUGAAAAGAUUGUGCAAUACGAUGUGGUUUUGCUGUUUUGUAAAGAGGUGUUUGUACUUUCCGAACUUUAGGAAAAGCGACCUUUUGUAAAAUGUCUGAAGAGAUGAUUUCAUGAUCUUUGUACGACUGGUUUUACGGACAUUAGCUGAUUUUAUAGACCGAAUAAAAGAAGCGUGAGGCUAAA